AGUUCUUGAUUGUUUUCUCCAAAAAUAAUGUCCUGAUUAGGUGGGUGGUUGAGGACAAGAGGCCUCGUUCACUUCACCAACCCCAACACCCAAUCACCAUCCAAAAUCUGCCAUUGACCUGAAGCAACCCCACCUCCCUUUUCGGCUUUGGGUUCCGGGUAUUCCACCUUUUCUUUUGGUUUGUAACUCAUAAGCGUGAAAAGAGAGCGACAAAAUCGAUCAAAGAUCGAGUUUUUCUUUCGAUUCCUCGCUAUUUAUUUUUUGUUUUCUCAGUGUGAAGCGACAGAGAGAUGGGGGGAGACGGCAAGGUGUACACUUUGUCGGAGGUUUCUGAGCACAACACGACCAAGGACUGUUGGCUUGUCAUUGAGGGCAAGGUAUAUGAUGUGACUAAAUUUAUGGAAGAUCAUCCUGGUGGUGAUGAGGUCUUGCUCUCCUCCACAGGGAAAGAUGCAACUGAUGAUUUCGAGGAUGUGGGUCAUAGCAGCAGUGCCAGGGCAAUGAUGGAUGAUUUCUAUAUUGGCGAGAUUGAUACGUCGACCAUUCCUGAUAAGAGCAAGUACACUCCUCCGAAGCAGCCUCAAUACAACCAUGACAAAACUCCGGAGUUCGUCAUUAAGCUACUGCAAUUUUUGGUUCCCUUGCUCAUAUUGGGUUUGGCUUUUGGCGUUCGCUUCUACACAAAAUCCGCUUGAAAACAGCCUACCUUAAAAUUGGAAAACACUCUUACAGAAACUCGCUCGCUCUUCGAACUUGGACUCGUGUGCUUUUGGUUGAUGUAAGACAUCUGGUGAUUUCAUAAUCUUGUUGUCAUCAUGCUCCUUGUUGAUCAUCACCUUUCAGGAACUGAUUGGUCUUUUCGUUGGCACGCUUGUUUGAAAGAUUUUUUGCCCUGCACUGGCUUUGUUAAGGUUGGUGGUAUUCAGGGACUUGAUCAAGUUCCAUGCGUAGGAGCUUUCAUAUGAAACACUAUGGGUGGAAUUUUAUUGCAUUCUGGUCAUUAUCCAAAGAUGAUUCCUGCUCUGUUCAAUACAAA